AUGGCCUCCGGCCAACCCUUCGCGUCGCGCUCCUACGCGGGCACGAAGCUGCCGGAACGGUCUGUCAACGCAAAUGCCUUGCCCUUCAGCGCCUCAUCCUUCUCGAGGCAUCGUGGCCUCGGAGCCACAGCCUCUGCCGACUUUGGUGGCGCCGACGGCCCCAAGCAGGCGCAGCAGCCUACAUCCGCGCAGGCGGCGACACAGUCGCAUGGCCCGGGGCAGGAUGCCAAUCCGUUGAGUCGGUUGACUGAAGAGCAGAGGGAGGAGAUUAACGAAGCAUUCACCCUCUUUGACCUGGACCGCGACCGCCACCUCGACUACCACGAGCUCCGUGUCGCCUUCCGCGCACUCGGGUUCACCCUCGCAAAGCAAGAACUCAUCUCCCUCCUCACAACGUACGGCGUCCCGCGUCCGCAAGUCCAGCAACAACAAGGCAACCCCCAACAAGCGCCCAAGGGCAACGCCGGUGCCAACCCGCAACACCCAUCCAAUCUGCUCAUGCCGCUGUCCUCCUUCCAAGCUGUGACGGCGCUGAAGAUCCUGGAACGGGACCCACGAGACGAGAUUCUGCGCGCGUUCGAGCUGUUUGACGAAGGCGGCAAGGGCUUCAUUGACCUGGAGGAUUUGCGGCGUGUUGCGAGGGAGCUUGGGGAGACAGGGCUCGAGGAGGAGGAGCUUAGGGCUAUGAUUGAGGAGUUUGACCUUGAGGGCGUUGGGGGUGUCACGAGGGAGGCGUUUGUGGGGAUUUGUUGGCAGUGA